GGAAGAAAAACCAGUUAGAAAACAAAUCAUAUUUACAACUUGUUCUUUUCAAUUAUUCAAUUCAAACGAACUUAAACCCAUACAUUUGAAUAUUCCCCUAUAACCAGUAAUACAUAUCAAGAUGCUACGUUCAUUUGCUUCAAGAAACUUGACUAGAAACGUUGCUAGAACCACUCCAGUUAGAUUUGCUCAAACUCAUGCUAUUUCAAAUGCUUCUAUUGUUGAAUUAGAAAAAAGAUGGGAAGAAUUACCAGCUGUUGACCAACAAGAAAUUGUUUCUCAAUUAGGUGAACGUCAAAAAUUACCAUGGGGUGAAUUAACUCAUGCUGAAAAAAGAGCUGCUUGGUACAUUUCUUAUGGUGCUUGGGGUCCACGUCGUCCAAUUCAUCCAAAAGGUGAAGCUGGUAAAAUCGCCACUGGUGUCUUUGUUGGUUUAGCUAUCUCUGGUGCCAUUUUCGGUUUAAUUAGAUACAACUCUCCAGAUGCUCCAAGAACUAUGAACCGUGAAUGGCAAGAAAAAUCUGAUGAAUAUUUGAAAUCAAAGAAUGCUAACCCAUGGUCUACAUACUCUCAAGUUCAAAGCAAAUAGAUCUUUUGAAAUUCAUCACUAACUUUUCAAGUUCAUCGUUAUCUACAAGCAAAAAAAAUAUCUAUAACAGCAAAAAAAAUUAAAAUUAACAAAAACAACACAUUUUACAACAACAAAUAUAUCUUAUGAUUGAUAUAAUUUUUUACUAUUCAAAUGUUUUCUCAUUAUUUAUUAUAAUUUAGUAACAAAGUUUUUUUUUUGAACGUUUUUUUGGAUGAAGAGAGUCUGCAUGAUUAUAUUAAUCACAAUCAAAAUAUCAUCAUACAAUUUUUUUUUUAUAUUACACCCAAUCUCUGUUGCCUUUUUUUGAAUUGAAUUUCCC